CAACACCCUGAGAUCUCUCCCUGAGGGGACCUCCGUUUCCACAUCUGCAGCUUUCUGGUCCUAAGACCACCAGUACACACAGAGUUUUUGGGGGGAGUCCAUGACUCAGGCAACCCCAGUCACGGAUAAGGGGACAGGAUCAGGAGGUCUAGCAGAGGGGUGGUGGGAAGGCCCCAGAAAAGGAGUUAAGGGAGGGAGGGGCUGCCUAACAAAGAAAGCCAUGGUGGGGCUGAGGGCCAGGGGGACCGACGCGACGCCAUGUGGCAGCUGCUGAUGCCGCUGGCCCUGUGGCUGGGCGCGGUGGGCCUGGGCAGAGCCGAGCUCACGGCAGCACAGCAGCGCGGCCUGCAGGUGGCCCUGGAAGAGUUCCACAAGCACCCACCCGUCCAGUGGGCCUUCAGGGAGACCGGCGUGGACAGCGCUACGGAAAAGCCCUUCCCUGCAGGGACCUUUGUGAGGCUGGAAUUUAAGCUCCAGCAGACCAGCUGCCGGAAGAAGGACUGGAAAAAAGUGGAGUGCAAAAUCAAGCCCAACGGGAGGAAGCGGAAAUGCCUGGCCUGCAUCAAACUGAACUCUGCAGAUAAAGUCCUCGGCCGGAUGGUCCACUGCCCCAUACACACGCAGGCUCUCCGGGAGCCCGAGGAGCACCAGGAGGCUCAGUGCGACAGGGUGGAGCGCGUGGGCGAGGACCCCCACAGCUACUACUUCCCAGGACAGUUUGCCUUCUUCAAGGCCCUGCCCCCGAGCUGAGGCCCGACGGUAGAUGAAUUCUGUCCCGCUUCCCGGACGGCUGCAGGAGCUAACCAGCGCAACACCGACCUGCUGUCCCCGAGCCCAGGGAGUACGAGCCCAUUAUCCCCGAGCCAAUAAACUGCUCUCCCAGA